AUGGAGGCCUCUACAGAUGAUUUCUCAGAGUUGGAGAGUGGUAUGGCCAGUAUCAUUAAAGUUUUCCAUAAAUACUCGGGUCACAACUGCACGCUGAGGAAGGCAGACCUUAAAGCUCUCAUCAACAAUGAGAUGAAUCACUUCAUCAAGAAAAUUAAGGACAAGAAGAUCCUGGACCGGCUCUUCACUGAUCUGGACCAGAACGGAGACCUGGAGAUCGACUUCAAAGAGUUCGUAGCCCUCAUCGCCAUGGUUACUUCAGCAUGUCACGAAAUCUUCAACCAGGCCCACAAACAUUGAUCAGUAUGUUUGCACUAUAUAUUCAU